GACCCAUCCACCAAUGAAUACUGUUUGGUGAUGGACUAUGCCAAGAACCACGACUUGAGAACUUACCUGAAUAAUAAUUACAAAAAUAUGAAUUGGAUCUCGAAUAAAUUACAAAUCCUUGGUAGCCUGGCAAGAGGAUUAAAAUUAAUUCACGACGAAGGAUUUACUCAUGGGGAUUUACACUCAGGCAACAUAUUAAUUGGAGAUGAUGAGAUGGCAAGCAUCACGGAUCUUGUUCUGUCACCUAAUUAUGUUGGCGAAGGUGGAUUGACCAAGGAUGAGCCGAAAGGAAUGUACGGCGUGCUCUCAUUUGUCGCACCGGAAGUAUUACAAUGCAAGCCCUACACCGCUUCAAGUGAUGUAUAUAGUUUCGGGAUCCUCAUGUGGACUUUGACUUCUGGAAUGUCGCCGUUAUCGAAUUUUGAUUUUACAACGGCUCUAGCGCUAGUGUACAAGUGGUAUUUCUUGGAGAAAGAUCAUGAGCAGUUUAAGAAUUCCGACGAUGACAAUGGAAAAGGUUCAACGAAACCAGAGAAAAGUAAAAAGGUAAUCGCCGAUGAGAAGUUCUACAGUCAAUUUAUCGAUUUAGAAGCGAUCUCAAAAAUUGAAAGAUUUGAAGAAUUGGAUGGAUACGUGUAUCAUUCUGUGGUUCACAUAAACGUGCUUUCCGAUAUUGAAAAGAUGGCACGCAACGAUGGAAUAAAUAAAAAUCAAUUCUUGGGUGAAAAUCGGAUUUUGACAAGUCUAUGUAAAAUCGGUCGCAACACAUCGUUUUUGUACAAUAUUAAUCUGCUCGCUAAAACUCGUUCUACCAAGGCCAAAUUCUUCCUUAGAAAAGACGUGAACUUUUUACUGAAACUAGAGAAUCAGCAAAAGUCACUCGAAAGGUCAACUAAUAACAGUAUUGAACAAGAAAAUUUCGUUGUUUGCGGUAGUGACUCGAAAUAA